ACGGGAUCCUGGGAGAGCCGGAAGUGAUCCAGCACAUCCCAGUUUCUCCAUCAAGGCUUGAGGUGUGAACGGACUACAUCCACCAGGGGGAUUUGUUUAAUAUCCAGUUUAGACUCUGGUCGGAGUUACCUUUGUCGUAGACGUGUGAGCACUAAAGAUGUGGAAGGCAGCAGCAGGACAGUCAGUCAAUGUGGCUGUAAAUGACGAAGGGGACGAUUGGGAGACUGACCCAGACUUCGAGAAUGACGUGUCGGAGAGGGAGCAGCGCUGGGGGGCGAAGACGGUGGCCGGCUCAGGACAUCAGGAGCACAUAGAUAUAAACCGGCUGCGUGAGGCGGUGUCGACGGAGCACACCAGCUUGAGGCAGAAGGAGUGUGACACCGGGCCAAAGGCCUCGCAUGGAUAUGGAGGGAAAUUUGGAGUUCAGCAGGACCGCAUGGACAAGUCUGCCGUGGGUCAUGACUACCAGAGCAAGUUGUCCAAGCACUGCUCCCAGACGGAUACCUCCAAGGGCUUUGGAGGGAAGUUUGGAGUUCAAGCUGACCGUGUGGACGAGUCAGCUGUCGGGUUUGAGUAUGCUGGGAAGACGGAGAAACAUGCUUCUCAGAAAGACUACUCCACUGGGUUUGGGGGGCGAUACGGCGUGCAGGCAGAUCGUGUCGACCAGAGCGCAAUGGGCUUCGAUUACCAGGGCAAAACCGAGAAACACGAGUCCCAGAAAGAUUACACCAAGGGCUUUGGCGGCAAGUUUGGUGUUGAGACCGACAAGGUGGACAAGAGCGCUGUGGGCUUUGAGUACCAGGGCAAAACUGAGAAGCACGAGUCCCAGAAAGACUACGUGAAGGGCUUCGGGGGAAAGUUCGGUGUGCAGACGGACAGACAGGACAAGUCGGCGCUGGGAUGGGACCACCAGGAGAAACUUCAGCUUCACGAGUCCCAGAAAGACUAUAAGCGUGGGUUUGGAGGGCAGUACGGGGUAGAGAUGGAGAAGCAGGACCAGUGUGCUGUGGGCUAUGAGCACAAGGAGAUCCUGGCUAAACACGAGUCACAGAAAGAUUAUUCUAAAGGAUUUGGAGGUAAAUUUGGAGUCCAGAAUGACCGGAUGGAUAAGAGCGCAGCGACUUUUGAGGAUGUGGAGAAGCCGGCCUCAUCUUACCAGAAAACCAAACCUGUGGAGGCCGCUGGCAACAACACUGGAAGCAUCAAGGCUCGCUUUGAGAACAUCGCCAAGCAGAAGGAGGAGGAGGACAGGAAGAGGACCGAGGAGGAGCGGGCGCGUCGACAAGUCAAGGAAAAGCAGGAGCAAGAGGACGCGCGCCGUAAAAUCGAAGAGACGGCCAAGGCUCCGUCUCCCGUCCCUGCUGCAAGUCCCAGUCCCACCCCCAGCCCGACUCCCCCAGUCCUGCAAGCCGCCGCUGCCCCUGCUGCUGCCGCCGCUGCCCCUGCUACCGCCGCUGCUGCCCCUGCUGCUGCCGCUGCUGCCCCCGCUGCCCCCCGCAUACGAAGAAGUGUCCCACCACGAGGCUGCGGAGGAGAACGGAGAGCAGCUGUACGAGGCGGAGCAGCAGAACCAGGAGGAUCUGUACCAGACCCCCGAGGAGACCGCAGCAGCAGCAGCAGACGGCCAGGCGUACGAGUACGGCGAGGACCUCGGCGUGACGGCGGUGGCUCUGUACGACUACCAAGCAGCCGGCGAAGACGAGAUCUCCUUCGACCCCGAUGACAUCAUCACCAACAUCGAGAUGAUCGACGAAGGCUGGUGGCGAGGCGUGUGCGGAGGCGCCUACGGCCUUUUCCCGGCCAACUACGUGGAGGUUCGGCAAUGAUGACGUCCCGUCGCGAAGACCUGCGUCCCCGUCCCGGUGCAGAACAUAAUAAUUAUAGAAAGAGGAAGGAGACGAUUUCCUUGUUCCCAUUUUGUUCUUCUCUCUCGUCACCUCAUCGUACCGCUUCCACGCCGCGAGGCUGCUAGUCGGCUUUCUUUCGCUCCGUCUUUCCUCUCCCACGCAUCUCUUUCUCUCCGUGUAGCGGACGCCGGGGAGGAGGAGUUACCUCGAUGAAGAGAAUAUAUAGAACUCCUCAUCUGAGAGUAACUCUCCUCCUGCCUCGCAGCACAAGUGUGAAGGUUUCUGGUGCUUCAGGUUCUGUUGUGCAACCUCAGUGUAAGCAUCUUCAUGUGGCGUGACCAGCUCGUCCACUGUGGACCAACACGCUGAGGAACUCCUUCCUGGUCUGUGUGCGUAACGUUCGCCGUGUUGCACAGGACUUUAAAUUCCCCUCCGAGCGAACGCGAAGCUUCAUUAAGUACGAAUACGUUCCGUUUCUGAACUCCUGCGUCAGUGAAGUCGAUUAGAAAUGAAUAAUGUUUGAUGUUUGAAUUGUUCGCAGUAUAACGAGGUCAUCGUGUCAAAGACUUCUUCGCCGCUCUCGCAAAUCACAAGUUAAACAGAAAUACUACGUGUGUGUGUGUGUGUGUGUGUGUGUGUGUGUGUGUGUGUGUGUGUGUGUGUGUGUGUGUGUGUGUGUGUGUGUGUGUGUGUGUGUGUGUGUGUGUGUGUGUGUGUGUGAGACCUUUUGAGGAGCAUUAUUUGUACGUGUCGCUCGAGCCGCUUCAUUACCUGCUUGUUCUUUUCUUUUUUUUCAAUAAAUGAACUAUGAAUUAUAA